CGCUGGUAAGGUGAAAUUAUUUAUAUGAAGAAGUUAGGAAAAUCAUUGCAGUUUCGCAUCAAAAUAGCUUUGGACCAGUUAUGGCUUCAGUACCAGAAAACCCCGUCAAGGAAAUGUCGAAAGACGAAUACGGUGAAUACAAAAAUAAGUAUGACCGUGAGAUGAGUGAAAUUAAAAUUGGGUGCAAGCGUGUUAAAGAAAAAAUAAAAACGAUAAGACAAGAUUAUUCGAAAGCUGUCACAAGUGGCAGGAGAAGUGGAAGUGGAAAAGUUGUCUUUAUAGAAUUUUACGAUGAUCUGACAAAACUUUGGGGCGGUUCGCCAUCAACGGAACCUUUAACUUUUGGAGUAGAUUUGCAAAAUAUUAACAACAAUGACAAGACAAGUGGGACAAGUGGCAGAAGGUAAUAAUAAUUUUAUGUCAGAUUAUUAUGUCAGCUGUUGGGAGACACAACAAACUGUGAAUUAUAAACCAUUAUUAAGGGGCUGUUUAUAUGAGGCGAGCUAGCUCGGGCUCGCUUUGUUAAUAUUUCCUACUAAAUUUCAUGUUACGUUUAUAUGAGAACCAAGCUGGCCCGCCUAACCGAGGUCCCACUUCGUGUGACCCGAGACCUCGGGUAAACGGGCUGGGUAGUUUGCCAUAUAAACGCAAUAGGGAGGGCUAGCCCUCCUAGUAGGGCUGGAAAUUUAGCAAAUACACAUGUGCAAAUAAUUAGAAUAAUUCAGAAUGCACAAACAACUCCCAUAUAAGGAACCAACUUCCAUAUAUGGAGAUGUUUACUCCAAAAAAAAUUAGAACAAGAAGAGCCAGCCCUUCAUGUAAGUUUCUUGUAAACUCGUGGUGAAAUUCAUCUCAGGGAUGCGAGCCAGCUCGGGUACCCGGGCUGGCUCGCUUCCAUAUAAACAGCCCCUAAAACUCGCAAGACUCUUCCCUUCAUGAGUAAAAUUGGGCCAUCAUAAUUCAGACAAUAUGUGCACUACUGCAUUCUCCCUAUUGAGGAGUUUGGACAUCCAGUGGGAGACGAGAUUUUUAAUUUUUAUUUUUCCUGGGGGUGGGUUAUAGUAUUUAAAAAAAGAUGGUGAAAAUUUGGUAUUUUAGUGAUUUCCAAAGGGGGGGGGACUUCCAAAAAUUGCAUCCAAUGUUUUUUAUCCUAAGGGGAUAGUGAAGUGAUCCCUCGAUAACAUGGUGUGGGUAUGUUGAAUGUCCCAUUGUCUUGCACUACUAACUUAGGCAGAGUAAAAAAAUUGUAGCUUCAAGCAUAUUGAUAUCAAAUUAUCAAUUUUACAUUAGUAUCAGUGACACUUUCAUUGUAUAAUUUUUAUACAGAUAUUGAAAGAAUCCGCUCAUUGACUCCGAUAUCUGUUGGGAAAGAAGCAGAAGACAGUGAAUCUGAUAUGGAUGAUAACAAUUCAAUUAAAAGUAGUUUUUCUGAAGUUUCUACUCACAGCACAAGUUAACCGAGAAAGUUUGAGAAUUGGAAGUAGUGUCAAAUGUGCCAAAUCUCAUUGACAACAAGAGGAAAAGUCUAGAAAAAAGAUUAUCAGCAGCUCAGAGAGAUCAGAAACUUAUUGAAGCUGCUAAAGAAGAUACAGCCAUGCGAAAAGACAUGCUUGAAUGGGUUCGUCAACAACUACGGCUCAUGUAAUGGAAAAUAUGUCUCGGCCACACUUAAAGAAAUGUUCCAAGGUAUGACUCAAGCUAUGGUGCUACUUGCAAAUGCUUUUAACCGACCACGACAACCUGCCCAGCAUCACCCAGGAUUUAUGCCUUAUUAUUUCAAUCAGCCAAUAUCUUUUGGUAGUGGACAUAAUCAACCUGUUUCCUAUCCAAAUCCAGAUGACCAAGAAAAUCCCUUAUUUGAAUUAAAUUAA